UCCAUAAAUAAACCCCUUCCUCCUAUUUUACUUACUGGGGUAAGUACCUCACUGUCUGAUUAACACAUAUCUUAAAAUUAGCAUCCUGAAAUGAAUUGUUUUACUUAGAAAACAUCUCAGCGUUUGAAUGGAAUUGAGUUUCAAAGAAAUAAUAUGCAGGUCAGAACUUACAAUUUGCUGUACUUUAGUGGCUAUUUGGAAUGGCUGCAUCUUCCAGUGUUUGGGGGCGGGGGGGGGGGAGUUGUUACAAACCGAGAUCAUGACAAUCCUUUCCACUUGUUGUUUGAAUGCUUCUGAAACUGACAAUGCAAUGAAAAAACCCCCACACCAGACCUGUUCUUACUGGUACUGACAAAACAGGUGUCGUAUUAUGUUGUUAGAAAGCCAAGUUUCACAACAUUUCAGAUAGGGACAAAAAAUGGUCAGCUUACCACAGAAAAGGUUUCCCCUAUCUGUGAAUGCCUAUGUACCAUGUGAGGGUUUGAUAGAUGUGUUUGCCUGGAGGAAAAGGGCUUCUCAACCUGGGGGAAAGUGCCUGUGAACCUUUCCAGAAAAGCAAAGAAAAGCGGGCUUUGCUUCCGCACAUCCUCCAGCUGGCCCCAGAGCUUCAACUCCAGAUAUUUUGGGGAAGAGGGAAAUGGGACAGCAGGGAAAAAAUGGGUGUUUUGAGGCUUGUUAGAAGGUGCUCCCCACUUUAUGUGAUUUCGGUUAUGUGCAUGGGGGCCUGGAAUGUAACCUCAGUGUAUGUGGGAGGAUGCCUGUACUUCUAACUUACGUUUCUUGUGAAAACGAUUAAAAUGUCCACAAGCCUAUUACAGCAUAAAAGGCUGUACAAAAGCUGUAGACAGCCUCUGCCAACUUGAUGCCUUCCAGGUGUUUUGGACUACAACUCCCAUCAGCCCCAGCCCAUGUGGCCAAUGGUCAGGAUGAUGGGAGCAGUAGUCCGAUAAUAUCUGGAGGGCAACAGGUUUGGGAAGGCUAUUAUUGUAAGGAAUGUGAAAAUCAAAUUAACAAUCAUGUGCUGCGUCAGCCAGACCUUGAUUUCCGCAAUGUCUCUCAUAAGAUAUGCAAUUAGGCUGCUGAAUGGGAAUUGUCAUUCUAAAUUGCUUUUGGAGCAUAGGACAAUGACUUUGCAAUUUUAAAAGGGAAAAUGACACCUUCUUCAUUUCCGUUCCAGAUAACCAACAGCUCCGACAAGGUCAGGAACGAUGCUGAAGUUCUUGAGUCUGGAAUAAUGGAUGGAUCAAGGGGUUGAGAUGUACGGCAGAAGAUGCCGCUGUAUUCAGCUGCGGCGUGAACAGGGUAGGAAUAAAGGCUGCGUGGGGCAGCGGUGGGAUUGCCAGAUGGGAUGGGUGGAUGGGAGUCGCUGAUACAAAAUGGAACGGGUGUCCCGCCAGGAGCGCCGAGUGCGUGGGCACGAAGGCCGGAGUAAAGGGCGAGAGUGAGAAUGGAGCAAAAGGCGAUGGUGAGAAUGGAUGUAUAUGAGUCAGGGAAAGAUGGCUGCUGUGAGGAUGUACUCCGGUGGACAGGGCAAAGCUCUGCAGCAGCGUGUGGCGGAGGGUGGCAACAGACGAGUGCUGCUGAACAGGGACAGCUGGGGAGGCAGAGAAGGCAGCUGGUCCUGGGGCGGGCACAACCUUGAGAUGCUUUGCCACAAGCUGUUUCUGCAUAUGCUGCUGGGCCUGCAGCUGAAGAAACCUAUAUUUGUCUAUCUCAUCCGGGGAAAAGGUUAUAGGCUGCUGCGUUAAAGGAGAGGGGAUGCACUUACUGUACGGCUCAGUCUUGUUUUCUGUUUCACCGGAUUUAUGCAUAGCACUGUCAGAGUAGCAGUUCAGAUCCCCUUCCACUCCACACAAGUCUACACCUGCAUGGUGUUCUUCUUUGGUCUCUGUUAGGUUGGGAACAGCAGAAUAUCCAUGAGAAGGAAAAGCACCAGGAAAACCAUUUGGCACCGAGUCACAGCUUUGUCGUAGGGGCUGCAUUUCACCAGCUAAGAGAUCCGGUUGAUGCUUUGUUGCAGUGUCCUGUGCCAUAUUCAGGGCCUGAUAACCUAAGUCGUUAAGCAGGCUAUUGCCAUAGUUAGUGCUAGCUGUCAGAAUAAUAUUAUCUAUCGCUGAAGCUUCGGCUCGCUCUGUGCCUGUGCUGCUUUCCACGGAGCCAGUUCCAUUGUUCCACCUGCUGCUCGUAUCAAUGUGAAGGGCUUUCUCAAGCAAAGGUAACAUUGCUUCACUAUCCACUGAUGAUGCACCUUUAACACCUGGUUGACUAUGGGGGAGAUCUUUCUCGCAGGUAUUUGAAAAGCUUUCAGUGUUCUGAGUUUGCUCCUGGUUUCGCUUUGAUUUCACCCUCUCUAAAAGGAGUUUGGCGGUUAAUGACUUCUUCCCCACUGCUUUCCUUCCUAAGUGGUUGAUGGAGCAGCUUCCAACUUGUUUUGAUGGACAACUUUCAUUCUGGCAGUCUGAGUGUGCAGAGUCUGAUUUUCCUGGUUCAGCUCUGUCAGUGCUUUUCAUAUCCUUUUUGUGUUUGUUCCAGUCAUGCACCAAUUCUUUUGCAAGGGAUCCCGAACUGCUGGCUCUUGAUCUGGUGCAGCUUGAUGAUCUUUCGCUGCUUCCUGAAUCUUGGAUGGAAGAACCUUUGGAGCUGCUGUAGCUCCUGCUCCUGCUGUGUUUACAAAGAGGGUGUCUGUUCCUGCUUUGCUUUGAUACAUCUCUUUGUAGUAAAUGUCUAUAUCUCGAAUGUCUUUGAUAUUUUGCCAUAUGCCUGUGUGCACAGUUUCUAGAUCUUUGACUUGUUUUGUUGAAAAGGCAGCCCCCAUCUGCAUCAUCAGAAGAUGAAAUGCAAUUGUGCUUUUUGUGUUUACAUUUCUGCCUUUCAACCGGCUUUUGUUUCCUUUUGCAGCAAAAAGGCAAAUGACUUCUGCUGUGAUCACUUGAUCUGUGACUAGAGUAGCAACUAGCGUAACUAGUUGCACUGCUAACAGAAGUGUCAGAAUAAUUAGACUGUCUGUCAGAAAAGGGCUUUUGCAAAGGAGUGAAUUUCCAGCAACCAGCAAAAUUCCCAUUGCCUUCUUUUCCCAUGGACUCCCUGGGUGAAUCUAACUUGUAUCCAAGAAUGGAAUCCUUCCCGCUGUCACUUAUGUCACUGCUGCAGGUGACCAAAUCCAGGUCGGUUUGUCUUUGGGCAUACAUUAAAUCACAUUUUGCACAUUUUUGCUUCUUUGUCCUAGACACCAAGGGAUAAAUGCAAAGGUUUUCAGUUACUUCCUCCUGUAGAGUUUUUUCACAGUUCUGCAACUGCUGUGCUAAAGAUCUCACAUGCAUUGUUGUGUGGGGACUUGUUGCUCUCGUGUAACGCCUUUUUGAGCAAUCAAGGGGUGCAGGCACUUCAGGUAGGUUUUCAUUCAAAUCAUCUGAGAUGUACUUUGGAGCACUUUGACUCAUUUCAUUCUCUGUGUCUGAAUCCAAUUUUGGCCGGGACUUUUUGAGGCUUAGGGCUCUUUUCUUCUUCUUUGGCUUCAAAGACUGAUUAUCUUUUUCACUGGACAGUUGCUUGUUCUCAGUUAGAUCUGAGGCGUCAUUUCCAUCUAUGUCCAUAGUUCUUGUUGAGUGCUCAUUAGGACUUUCUUCGUCGACUUCAUGAUGCCCACUUUCUCUAUGCGAUAAGGAGAGCCGAAAAUCAAAAUACAAUGGAUUACAACCAUAGGAAAUGGAGGGUUCUGUUUUUGUAAACAAAAGAAGUUCUGUGGGCCACCGUAAGGCUGUCCUGCCAUCUUUGCUCAGUACAUGAAGAAAAGGCAAUGCUUUAGGCUUAAUUCCAUGAACCAGUUCAUUAUCCCUAGGCAUUUCAGCAUCUGCAUUGACAGCUUCUGUACAAUCAGAAGAUUGUUUGAAUACACAGGGAUUGUAGUUUCCCUCACAUUGAUGUCCUUGCUCAGAUGAUCGUUGGGCUAAGGACUCAGAGACACAUUCUGGUAACAGGCCAUCACUGUGCUUGUAAGUGUUUUGCUGCAUACAAAUGUUAUUCGUUUGGCAUUGAGGUGUAACAACGUUUUCCGAGGAUUUCUGGGUCUCGUUCAAGUCUCCUCCUUGUUCUUUUGCACCAGGAGACCCAGAACAAUCCAAAUCUGGAAGAUGUAGUUUGUCUUUACGAAAUGAAGUAUGAGUUUCUGUUUGCUCUCUGUCCUUGUACUGAUUGUUUUCUUUCUGCAGUUGAUUUUUCCGAGCCAGAUUACAGGAGGCGAAGCUGUCUGGGUGACUUUGAAUGGUGCCUAA